UCAGUUUUGCAGUGACUCAAAAAAUAAAGAAACUGUAAGAUACAUUUCUAACUAUUAUUUAGACUGAUUUUAAAUACGCAAGCCACGUGUUCCGAGUUAGUUUUAUCAGACCAACUUGCUUGUUUAGUACAGAUCUGGCAACAUACUCUGACUGUACAGAGAUGGUAAACCCAAGGCAAACCGGUAACACACCGACGGAGUCGAUGAGACGGCAACGGCCACUGGCAAACUCCGACUAAAGACUGGAAUAAAACCCACAUUUUCGACUGGGCAGCGGGUAUUCAUCUAUAAACUUCAUAUCUGCGUGGAUGUCUUUAAAUGUUAAGAGAUUGGCAUUUAGAAAGACACCGCGAAUGGUCCGAGGCUCCUGACAAACUGUUUCGCGACGGCUGUUAAAACCAUUUUCCUCGGGGUCUUUUUGCUUGCCAGCUGGUAGCAAUUACGGAUCAACGACAUACGGUAGGAGACACGGUACGGGAGUCCGUGCUCUUUUGGUUGCCUGACUCGGUACUGUCUGGGUGGACCUCGGAGUGGAGCAGCACCUCGGAGCGGCCCGCUUCGACAGCGCGGUAGAGCCGGGGUGUAGUUCGUCUUACGGAGGACAUUCAGCGGCUUUAAACAAACACUUUUCAGCCGCUAUUUGAUCCCCAGGAGCCGGCUAGAAUCCGGACAGAGACCUCAUGAAUGGAAAUCGGAACUACAGGAGCUGUUGGGGCUGCACCCCUGUUCUCCGUACCUCGGAGGCCAGGCUAUGGCACCAUGGGGAAGCCCAUCAAGCUGCUGGCCAACUGCUUCCAGGUGGACAUCCCCAAAAUGGACGUCUACCUGUACGAUGUGGACAUCCAGCCCGAAAAGUGCCCACGUCGUGUUAACAGGGAGGUGGUGGAUUCCAUGGUGCAGCACUUUAAGGUGACAAUCUUUGGGGACAGAAGACCAGUCUAUGAUGGCAAGAAAAGCCUCUACACCGCCCAACCAUUGCCAGUUGCUACAGGGGGGGUGGACCUGGAUGUGACCUUGCCAGGUGAAGGUGGGAAGGACAGGCUGUUUAAGGUCACCAUUAAGUUUGUGUCACUGGUCAGUUGGCACUUGUUGCAUGAGGUCCUCACUGGGCGGAGCACACCUGAUCCUCUGAACCUGGAUAAGCCAAUCAGCACCAAUCCCGUACACGCUGUGGAUGUUGUUAUGCGCCAUCUGCCCUCUAUGAAGUACACCCCAGUGGGACGAUCUUUUUUCUCUUCCCCCGAGGGCUAUGAUCACCCACUGGGUGGGGGGAGGGAGGUGUGGUUUGGCUUCCACCAAUCAGUGCGUCCAGCUAUGUGGAAAAUGAUGUUGAACAUUGAUGUGUCUGCCACUGCAUUCUACAAAGCUCAACCUGUGAUUCAGUUCAUGUGUGAGGUCCUGGAUAUCCACAACAUCGAUGAGCAGCCUCGACCUCUCACUGAUUCCCACAGAGUCAAAUUCACCAAAGAGAUCAAAGGUCUAAAGGUGGAGGUCACCCACUGUGGCACCAUGCGGAGGAAGUACAGGGUGUGUAAUGUUACUCGUCGACCAGCCAGUCACCAAACGUUUCCAUUGCAGUUGGAAAAUGGCGAGACCGUGGAGAGAACCGUGGCACAAUACUUCAGGGAAAAGUACAACUUACAGCUCAAGUACCCCCAUCUGCCCUGCCUGCAAGUAGGGCAAGAGCAGAAGCACACAUACCUGCCUUUAGAGGUGUGUAACAUUGUGGCAGGCCAGCGCUGUAUUAAAAAAUUAACGGACAACCAAACCUCCACCAUGAUCAAAGCCACGGCCCGCUCGGCACCGGACAGACAGGAGGAGAUCAGCAGACUGGUGCGCAGUGCCAACUACAACUCGGACCCCUUCGUGCAGGAGUUUCAGUUCCGUGUGCGGGAUGAGAUGGCGGAGGUGACGGGUCGUGUCCUGCCCGCCCCUAUGCUGCAGUACGGCGGCAGGGUGAGCUCUGAACACUUUAUGAAUCGUACAGUAGCCACCCCAAGUCAUGGAGUGUGGGAUAUGAGAGGCAAGCAGUUUCAUACUGGUGUGGAGAUCAAGAUGUGGGCCAUUGCUUGCUUUGCCACUCAGAGACAAUGCAGAGAGGAAGUUCUCAAGGGCUUUACGGACCAGCUCCGGAAGAUCUCUAAGGAUGCAGGGAUGCCCAUACAGGGCCAGCCAUGUUUCUGCAAAUACGCUCAGGGUGCAGAUAAUGUGGAGCCCAUGUUCCGCCACCUGAAGAACACCUACGCUGGCCUCCAACUCAUCAUCGUCAUUUUACCUGGGAAGACUCCUGUCUAUGCUGAAGUGAAACGUGUUGGAGACACUCUUCUGGGAAUGGCCACUCAGUGCGUUCAGGUGAAGAACGUGGUGAAAACCUCCCCUCAGACCCUCUCCAACCUCUGUCUCAAGAUCAACGUCAAACUGGGUGGCAUCAACAACAUACUGGUUCCCCAUCAGCGCCCAACUGUAUUCCAGCAGCCUGUCAUUUUUCUGGGAGCUGAUGUCACUCAUCCGCCUGCAGGAGAUGGGAAGAAACCCUCCAUUGCAGCUGUGGUGGGCAGCAUGGACGCUCACCCCAGCAGGUACUGUGCUACCGUCCGUGUUCAGAGGCCCAGACAGGAGGUGAUUCAGGACCUGGCGUCCAUGGUGCGAGAGCUGCUCAUCCAGUUCUACAAGUCCACCCACUACAAACCCACCAGAAUCAUCUUCUACAGGGACGGUGUUUCUGAGGGACAGUUCAGACAGGUGCUGUACUACGAGUUGUUGGCCAUACGUGAAGCUUGCAUCAGCCUCGAGAAGGAAUAUCAACCAGGAAUUACUUACAUUGUUGUGCAGAAGCGUCACCACACUCGUCUCUUCUGCGCUGACCGCACUGAAAGGGUGGGCCGCAGUGGUAACAUACCAGCAGGUACCACAGUGGACACUGAUAUCACCCAUCCUUAUGAAUUUGACUUUUAUCUGUGCAGCCAUGCUGGAAUACAGGGUACAAGCCGACCUUCACACUACCAUGUGCUAUGGGACGACAACUGCUUUACAGCCGAUGAAUUCCAGCUCUUGACCUACCAGCUGUGCCACACAUAUGUGCGCUGUACCCGCUCCGUUUCCAUCCCUGCGCCUGCCUACUAUGCCCACCUAGUGGCCUUUAGAGCCCGCUACCAUUUAGUGGAUAAAGAGCACGACAGUGCGGAAGGCAGCCACGUGUCGGGUCAGAGUAAUGGCCGAGACCCCCAGGCCCUGGCCAAAGCUGUACAAAUCCAUCACGACACUCUGAGGACCAUGUACUUUGCUUAGCCCCGCCUCCACAGACCUGUCAGUCGCUGGUCAUCGUGCACUUAGCGGAGGAGGGCUUCUCCCAAUCACAGGCUGCUAAAGAGAACCAAAUGUAGAACUUACAGGAGGAACUAGCACUGUUAUGCAAUAGAAAAACAGCCAAUCUUUCCAGUCUGCUUCGCUUACUAAUUGUUUUUAAUAUGUAGAUUGCAGCUAUACCAUUAUUUAUUAGAUUUGUACAUCUGUUUAUUAAUUUUGCCUAUUUAGGUCACAAAACCAAGUUUAAGAAGGUUUGCUUGAUGAACUCAGUACUAGAUCAGUGAAUGAGGCAGUGUUAUUUCUUAAGGAGCAGAUUGAUUAGCCCUACUCAUCUUGAUUUCUCCUUUUACAGAGAAACUAAUCAAACACACAUGAAGUUGAACAUCAGUGUCUUCUGAUUUAGUCGAAAAUGUCAGGCAGGCGUGUCUGAACUAAUGCUGGAGGAAUGCCACUAGAGGGCAGUGCGAUGUUGGCUAGGACAUCUUACUUUAGGUCCUCCACUAGACACUUGCUGCGCUAACCUGAAACCAUCCUUUAUAUUUUACUAGUAAAUCAUGCUUUUCCAGCAAAAUCUUAUGUAGUAUCUGCAAAAAAGACAAUUGAAAUGUUAUUCAAUUUCAUUCCAAACAGUCAGAAAUCCAUAUUUGUUCCUUUACAUCUAUUUUUCCAUGUGUCCAUGUUUUGUUCAGAUUUUUUAACAUGCGCUUAACCUCUUUUAUUCCAGUUUCACAGACUUUCAAAUUAUUCUAUAUAACUCUGUUAACUUUCUAGUUCAUGCGCUGUCUGGAAAAUAUUGCACCUACCAUUGAACUAUUGGUUCUUUUCGGUUUCUGGCGACUUUCUCUUUGGCUCACUCAUUAAUUAGAAGUGACAGAUUAGCUAAGGACUGCGGAAUCAACAAAAGAUGAACUUUGAAACUCAAGGGUUGUCAAAACGUUUCCACAUAGUCGAUUGUUUAUGUAUGUUUGUUGAAUGCUGUGUGCCUCAUUCAUUUUGAGUGCGCUAACAACACAAGCAUUCAAAUCAGUCAAAGCGUGACCAUUACAUUACACCAUUACACAUUUGAUGGAUGUGUGUGCACAUCAAAUCCACCCAAGGCCACUCUGAGGCCUACGUCAUCCAUUAAUAUUAACUUUAGACAUGUUAGACAUUUCAUUCUGACUUAUGAUCUCAGCUUAUUUAUAAUGUUGCUUUUAACUUGCAUUUGUCAAUAGCUCAUCUGUAAAUUUAAUUUAUCAGUUACACUUAUCAGUUUCUUUAUUUCACGUUUUAGCCCUGUGAACUCUGACAAACACUGUCCCAUAAUCCUUUUAGUGCAAUAAGCCAAUAAUUGACGGCUCUGUCGUAGACUUUCAUUAUACAGUGCAAACCGUACCUUAUGAGUGAAUGCUUUAAUUUAAAAAAACUUUUGUUGUAUGUGGCAUUGUGUAAGAGAACUUGAAUUGAUAUGGAUGAUGUGUGCUAGAAGGCUAGAAUGCUGGGUUGCGUUUACAGAGGAGAUGGAUACUCUCAUGGCUAUGUUUUAUGGGAAAGAAUCAGUUUGCUGUAAAGAGAUUUUGGACAAACCUUGCUGUCAAAUGAGACAAAGUGCCUGUUUUGUAGGAAAUAUCCCUAUAAUGCAAUUCUGUUGGGGUAUUUUUAAAUAUAUAGUUAAAGUAAGUGGUGUGUACAUGGAUUGGAAAGAUAUUUAGCUAUUGAAAUGGUUUUUAUUAAGGUCUUUCUGUUGUUAAGGGCAAUUUGAAUAGUUGAACUAAUAUAAAAUUGAAUAAACCAAGUGCUGGGUCAUUUUCUUUUGAACUUUUAAACUUUUGGACUUUCUUUUGAACUUUCAAACUCUCUUUUGAACUCUCAGAUAUCUUUUGAAUGUUUGAAGUUUCAAAGCUAUAUUUGAACUUUCUUUUAAACUUUAGCACUUUCUUUUGAACUCUCAGACAUUCUUUUGAACUUUCAAACUGUCUUUUGAACUCUGACAUUCUUUUGAACAUUUGAACUUUCAAAAACUCUUUUUGAACUUUCUUUUAAACAUUUGGACACUCUCUUUUGAGUUUUUAAAUUGCCUUUAGAACUUUCAAACUUUAUUUUGAACUUCAAGUUAAAAUUUUCAAACAAACUAUUUGGAGUUUCAAACACUCUUUUGAGCUUUCAGACCCCCUUGUUUUUCUUUUUUUCUUUUUUAACUCCUCUUCAAACCCCUGCAUGUUCACAGCCCCUGUAUAUUCAGCUGCAUUCCAUACAGACCAAACCGAUGUGCCUCGGAAAGCAGAGGUAGCAGGGAGUAUUAAGGAAAGGCAUUUGGAUUGCAGUAGUGUAAGUGUAGGGUUGUAUUUGUUAACUCCAUGGCCUCCGGCACACUUUCACAUCACCCUUAAUGUGAAUGGCACCGUGGUCUUUCUGCCCUAUAGCCACAAAUGUGUGUUGACCAGUGUAGCUGCUAUUUUACAUAAACUACAGCUGCUUUUAUAUGUGGAGAGAGAACAAGAGGGAUUGUGAGAAAUGACAUGCAUAUUUUGCUGCACUUAAAAAGCUGUAUGGACUCCGAUUUGAUGAAAUGCCCAAGGUGCUAAGAGGUGUAAUUCCGGGUUCUUAACUAUGCUAAUGUGUCAGCUCUGCAUUUACUGCGAAAAUCUUAGCUUUUUUUAAUGUAUGUUGAACAAUGUAGAUCUUUAGAGCAUUGUUUGGAUUUUUUGUUAAGAGUGUGUUGUUCGCUUGGCUUGUUAAUUACUCAAAUUACCAAACCCACAUACAUGAUGAUAUAUCCAAACAGUUUAAAUAAAAUCUUGUUUAGUGAGUUAACUGGAGUUUAGUUAUGUAAAAAAAAUCUUUGUGGUGAUGUCAAAUGUCUUGAGUGCUCUUUUUCAUUUGUUUCGAUGUGUUGAGAAUUGUUAUUUCUCUGCCGCUACCAGCAUUUGAACUUACUUGAAUAAGGGGAGUGAUCAGUAGUACCUUCACCCGUAUGCAUGUUUGGCUUUAGAUGGCCACUUAUACAACCACUUGUACAAGAUGCCAAGGACUAAAUCGCUUAAAAAUAAAAAGUCCAUAGGUGUGGCUUAAAUGGCACCUCCCUGUGAAACUGUGACGCAACACUCUCUACCCCUUGGCUUAAAGCUGGACUGCGGAUACCUUAAAGCAUUUUUAAUUCAGAGGAGAAGUAUAUUUGUAUAUUUUUAAACAACAGAACUGCAUAAUGCAUAUCAAUUAUUUUUGCUAACAAAGUCUAUGAAAGAUAAGCAAAAGAUGGUAAGCGUGAUCUUAAUCAUGAUAGUGACUAAUAUAAAUUGGGCUAAUAUGCAAUAGACUAUUGACUAGUAGAGCUCUCUCAUCUUGUUUUUCGCAUUGAAGAAUCUGCAUUGUCUUAUGGUAUUUAUGAGCUAAAUUAUGUAGUUCACAAAGUGAUGAACCUUCAGUCCUCUUACUUUAUUACUUUUAUUGACUUAAGCAUGAAGGUACCGCCUCAAACAAUAGUUUGAUUAAAAACCGAAUGUUUCACACACAAGCACGUAAAAAAAUGCCUGUAGGCAUCAAGCCCUCUUGAACUCAUAUUAACUGUGUCUGAACUAAAGUGAUAAACUGUUUCCCUCAAGCCUAGAGUAUUUGCUGCUUGAGAUUAUUUUUCUGACUAUGUUGAGGUGAAGAUUUAUCCUUUGGGCAAAUGAGUAAGUGGAAUGUGCCUUUUCUGAUGGUGCUGAUCUCAGACAGGUAAAAUACAACAUAUUUAAGGGCCCAACAAGCCUGUAUGAAGUUAUAUUAAUAUGAUAUAAUGUGUGUUGAAGAGUGUUAAAACUGUAUGUGUGGGUGUGAUUGUGCCUCUUAAUUCGCCAAGAACACAUUCAAUCACUGAGCUUGCCAGUUACAGGGUCUCUGGACCAAACUUUCUACAAGGGUUAAAGCUUCUUUUUGUAAGGAUUUGGGACUGCAAAACUAAUAGAUCAAGCACUGACCAGUCAGGUUACACAAUAAGAAGCCUGGAAAUUCAUCCCAUGUGAUGUUUUCCCUUUAUUGUUUUUUGUCUUCAAACCAUUUCUAGCAACCAAGACAAAUCUGUGUUCUCUAUACAUGAUGAAAUAGCAAUAACGGAAUUGGUAAUGUCACUAAUAUUUGGGUUAAAUAUUAAACUUUUUCAUAAUUGAACUUCACCGAUUCAACGGUUACAUUUCUUAACAUGAUGAUCUGGUGAUUUAUAAAAUGAGGAUAUCUGUUUCUGUGAUUAAAUACAGCACAUUAUGUAUCAGAUUUAUCAUACUAUGCGAGCUUCUUCUCAUCUUGAAGGAGCUUCAUAGGAUUCUUCGAAGUCAGCACUCUUUUCAUUGUGAUGCAACAUGAUGUUCAGCACUCUGAUAUAACAGUUUAGUUUGUUUGGUGAAAUAAUAUUAAUGAUAACAGAACUGUCCAGUUUUAAAAUAGAUAUCUGUCUCUUGUUUUAUCUCAGCCCUUCUAAUUGUGGUCUUUUUUUCUUCUUCUUUUUUUUGGUUCUAUUUAAUUGUCAAUAUUUUAAUUAUAACUGUAUGUAUGCAAACCUUGGAUAUGUCUUUUGAACUGUUUGUCUUGGACAAAAAUGGCACGUAUGAAUAAAUAUUGAAUGUACGUGCAUUUCUGUUUACUGUGCAAGAAAGGA